AUGUGUCAUGGCUCAGCUGCCGUCACUCGGGGGCGUCCAAUUACCGGCGCAGUCGGCGUCGUCGAUGGCGGUUCUAUUGGGCUUAGGCUAACGCUUGUGGCCAAAGAUCAAUGGAGCAUCAGUGCGAAAAUGGUUGGCUGCCUGGAGACACGGCGACUACUGGUCAUCUGGCUGAUGGCCCUUGGCUUUUGUCCGGGAGGCUCAAAGGAUGCCGAGCCGGAUGCGGAUGCCAAGUGGAUGGCUCCCCUCCAGCAGUAUGGAUACACUGCCAAGCAUCUGAAGAACAAGGUGGAGCACGGCGAGUUUACCACCUUCGAGCUGGGCACCCCCAACUACCAGAUCCUGAAUCCCGAAGACGAACCGGAGUACAUUACUGCGGAUCAACCGCAUUACCAGGAGAUGCUUAAACGAUUGACCAGUGCUCAAAGUGGAACCGAUACCAUCGAUGUGGAAAUGGCAAGUCGAAGGGAAGCCGUUCCAAAUCUUGCCCAGAAAUCUUCCGAAAUCCAAGAGCCAGUUAAGCCAAAGUCAGAGAGCGAACCCAAUCGCUGGGAGAAAUUAAAGAAGCGCAGCUCCAUCCAGGGAAGACUGGGUGAUUACAAGGAAACCGUGGAGCCCGAUGUAAGGGACGAGCGUAGUUUUAUUCCAGAUAUCCAGGUUUACUCCGGAGCCAGACCAUUUCAAAGUCGAGUAGCCAAUCUUAAUUAACCAAAAGUUAGAGCAUGCUUUUCGAAGUUCCCGUUGUUAAUUACGAAAUUAUUCAUUAUUAUGUUUUGAUACUUAAUUUAAAGCACUAUGCUAUGAAUAAAGAGCAGGCGUUCGUUUAUAA